CCCAGACAAAUAGAAAAGUGUGCCUAAGAGAUCCCUACCGUAGAUAGCAACAGCACUGCAAGCAGAAGACGUCAAGAUGUGCAAGGUUUUGAUUGUUUUGGCCAUCUCAUUGGCGAUAGCUUGUGCCAGCGAUUCACCAGGAUACGGCAAACGACGCUGUGCCCAAGGAAACAGCGGCAUAGGGAACAUCGGCUGCAGAAACAGCGGCAACUAUAACGUUGGCUACGGAAACAGCGGCGUUGCCAACCGCGGCAGCGACAACAGCGGCGUCGUUAACCGUGGCAACACCAACAGCGGCGUUGGUAACUACGGAGCUCGAAACAGCGGCGUGGGAAAUCGUGGGUAUGGCAACAGCGGCGUCGGUAACUAUGGUUACGGGUACAGCGGCGUGGGAAACAGCUAUCACCAACGUAAUGCUGGUUAUGGAAAUGGUCAAUACAGCAGUGGGUAUGGUAAUAACAAUGGGUAUGGACGAAGGUACGGAAGUUCUGGAUACGGUAAUCGCAACAGUGGGUACGCCAACCGUGGUGCCUACAACAGUGGGUACGGCAACCGUGGUGCCUACAACAGCGGAAUAAACAACAAGGGAUAUUUCAACAGUGGCGUCGGCAACUAUGGCGUUUACAACAGCGGAGUAAACAAUGGAGCAGGCAGAAGCUAUCACUAAGCAUGACGUAGAAGACACAUUGG